AUCUGGCAACCCUGCUAGAGACGGGAGCUUCAGUAGACGGGUCUAGCGGGACGGAGCAGAUGUGCGUGUGUGUGACAGACCUCGUCCCAGCUCCUAUAUCAUCCUCUCGGUGUCCUAUAUCAUCCCCUCAGUGUCCUAUAUCAUCCACUCAGUGUCCACAGGAGUGUGUAUAGGAACACGUCAAGCGAGCGGACAUUCAGUAACCAACUCAAAGCUACAAGAAAAGGUGGCAUUAUGAGGAUGAGUGGAUCUCCACCGUUGAGCUUGGCGACUACUGCCAACCGCCCUGAGGACACACAAACCACGAGCACUAGCAUAAGAGGAUCUAGUACAAGUAAUAGGGGAGGAAAUUCCACCAAUCAGACAAGUGGUGCAAAUGUUGCCAUGAUCCAUGGCACUAGCAGUGACCGACCACCACCAGCAUAUCCAUGUAAAGAUGUAUGCGUACAGUGUGGGAUGAUUUCCGAUGUGACUGAUGACGACACUGUUACCAACUGCCAGCAAGGCCCAAAUUCUGUUUCAGGUUGCCAGUGCGAGUGCCACAAGCAGACUCGGUGUGAAAAACGUUUGGACUCGGAUCACGUGUCGCAUAUCCACAUUCCUCCGGCAGGUCCCCACUGUCAACCUGGCUGUGGCUAUUCAGGCCUUCCUUGUUAUAACUGCAGUCUACUUCAAAAUCAUCUUCAGCCACAGGCUGCAAUAGCAGAGCCAUUGCCUUCUCCUCCUCAAAGUGGAGCUCAUACAUUUUCUCCACAAAUCUACACAAUUGAGCUGCUGGAGAACUCUUCAACAAGGACUCUUUCGAGCCCGAGCACCAGUCAAGUGAUCGAGCACCAACAGAUUGUAACAGAAAGUGACCGCAGCCAGGAGACCACCAGGAGAAAGAUGUGUUUCUCUAUUGUGGUUUUUAUUAUUGCUAUUAAUGUAUUUAUUGGCGUGUUCAGAAUGUUGGUGGGUGCAGUUGGAACGGACUGACUGCAUACGGUGUAUAGAAAGGAAUGGCUGCUAAAUUAAAGUAGACUUUCAGUGCAAUGUACUGUACAAAAAAACAUUUUAAGUGUGGUUUGGCCAUGCAAAGUGAUGAUUAAUUCUAGGAUACGAGAUUGUACAGAACUAAGGUACGAGGCAGGAGGUUUGUGCUGGAAAGAAAGAAAUGCAAACGUAUCCGAGAAAACAUUUGGUUUUGUGAAUGUGUUCGGAUGCAUGUUUACGUACGGUACCUUGGUUAUUUUUGUCCCUUCUCCUCCAUCAUAACCACCACCUUAAAUCUAGUUCCCAAGAUAAAUAAGUUGACAGUGCUCUAAACUAAUGUACUUAGUGCAUCUACUGUUACUCUUGUUUGUUAUUCAAAUGGACAAAAUGUGAUAGAACUUCAGUACUGUACUAUACAUGGGACUGUUGCAAUAAUGUAGAUGUGGACUGGUCUUGGGCACCAAUUACAAGAUUAUUGGUUGUGAUUUCUGGCAGUCUCUCUACACAAAUAUCAAGCUGCCACCUCGGUGUAUUCAAAUUGUUUCUGGUUGCCAAAAGUUCCUUUGUAUAUGUCAUUAUGGUCUGCUACUUUAAAAACUAAUGGAACACUAGUUUCUGUAUUUACCUUGAGGUGCUUCCGGGGCUUAGUGUCCCUGCGGCCCGGUCGUCGACCAGGCCUCCUGGUUGCAGACUAUUUCAUUAUAUUUCACUAUAGUUUUAAUACACAAUGAGAGAAACGCACCACAGACAGUUCUUUUCUCUCAAUUUGGUUUUACAUAUAGGCCUAUGUUGAACCAUUUUGCUAAAAUUUGUUAUUUACACGUUUGAUAACCAAAAAAAAAAUCAAAGGAGAUAAGCACUUUUAAUUAAAUGUGAUGCCAUUGGGUGUACCUAAUGUUAAGCCAUUACCGACACGUGGCAGCCAUCAUGGCAGCUGUACUCAUGGCGGCCAUCAUGGCAGCUGUACUCAUGGCGGCCAUCAUGGCAGCCGUCCUCGUAAUGCACUUUGUGCCCGGCGUAAUCUUUCCCUGUGUGUUAUUGGCAACUCUGGAGCCUUUCUCGUGCAUCUUGGUGCAUUCGGGUCUCUUCCUCACAAGACAUUCGGGACACUGUUGAACAUAACGUUCGGCUCCAUUUACCUGGGCUGUAGGAGACUUGAACUGUGGAUUCCGUGGGGGCAAGUCUCCUGGAUCCCAGGUGGCUGGAAUGUUUACUUCCACGGAGAGUGUGGAUGACAGUUUAUAUUGUCCAGCUUAUGUUUUAUUUUAUUGUGAUUGCCUCUUACAUUUUUUUUUUUUCUACUGUAUUUAUAAACUGAAAAGUUUUCCCACUGAGCUCGGCACCAGACUGCACUAACAGUGCGAUAUUAAUGUUGCUUCAUAUUGAAUCUUGCUGUGACUUAAUAUUUCAUUGCCCUCCCCGUCCUUUUUAUGUUAAUGUAAAUAAGCUUCAAAAUAAACAAAAAAAAUAUUUCAAUGUUCCACACAAAAUGCAUACUGUAAACUCCUGAUUCACCUAACUGUGGUGUUCAUCUCGAGUCUUGAUCAUUUCUUAUCAACAUAGCCAUGUACACUUCUUGUUUUGAGAUGGCUGAAGUUUUCUUUGUUUCAUUUCACAACAUUGCAAUUUUGGUUCAUUUUCUUGAUACAGCGCAUUUAAAUGUCAUCGAAUACUUUGGUUUUUAAUUUGAUUUUUUCCAUUUUUAUGCUUUUCACAUUUCUAGAGAUGUGCGGAGAGCCGUUCUUGACUUUGCUUUCUGGUGUACGAAAGUGGUAGCCACUUUACUCUCACGUUGGCGAGACACCUUCGGGGAAGUCCUUGACUGUUGGUUUCGGCUACAAAUUCUUUGAAGACAUGGAUAAAAUAGGUGGGUGUAUAUGGGUGUCUUCUUAAGGAUAGGUAUAUCCCAGAGGGCACAAGGCAUCAGACACAUGUAUGGAUAGAUGGUUGCUCUCUAAUUUUGUCCGUGUUCACAGUAUUACUCUUGGAUUUUGUCCAUGUUCACAGUAUUACUCUGGAUUUUGUCCAUGUUCACAGUAUUACUCUGGAUUUUGUCCAUGUUCACAGUAUUACUCUUGGAUUUUGUCCAUGUUCACAGUAUUACUCUGGAUUUUGUCCAUGUUCACAGUAUUACUCUGGAUUUUGUCCAUGUUCACAGUAUUACUCUGGAUUUUGUCCAUGUUCACAGUAUUACUCUUGGAUUUUGUCCAUGUUCACAGUAUUACUCUUGGAUUUUGUCCGUGUUCACAGUAUUACUCUUGGAUUUUGUCCGUGUUCACAGUAUUACUCUUGGAUUUUGUCCGUGUUCACAGUAUUACUCUUGGAUUUUGUCCAUGUUCACAGUAUUACUCUUGGAUUUUGUCCGUGUUCACAGUAUUACUCUUGGAUUUUGUCCAUGUUCACAGUAUUACUCUUGGAUUUUGUCCGUGUUCACAGUAUUACUCUUGGAUUUUGUCCGUGUUCACAGUAUUACUCUUGGAUUUUGUCCGUGUUCACAGUAUUACUCUUGGAUUUUGUCCAUGUUCACAGUAUUACUCUUGGAUUUUGUCCAUGUUCACAGUAUUACUCUUGGAUUUUGUCCAUGUUCACAGUAUUACUCUUGGAUUUUGUCCAUGUUCACAGUAUUAUGGCUACUUUACUGCAAAUUUCAUUAAAUAGACCAAUAUUUUGUUAAGGAUUUUCUGAAAUAAAUCUUCAUGCUUUACAAUUGCAAAAUAAUUUAAAUAUUAUGGCACCUUUUCACCUCACUGUACAAAACCCAGAUUAUUGUAAAGGCCGAUAGGAAAAUUAAUAUAUAUUUCUGUACAGUAUUAAAAAAAAUUUGGAAGUGAAUGGCACAUACGUUAAUUCAUAACAGGUAUUGUAUUGCACACCGAGGUUAAGAUGUGCAGAUAUUACACAACUUGUUCAUUGAUUAUUUGAGAUGAGCCAAAGUGAUACUGCCGGCAUUGCUGGGUUGGUUUGAUGGUAUUUGCUUUGGAGAGUAGAGAACCAGGCUGAGGGUUGACAAGGGCUCGACGCUACAAGUGUCAGGGCCGCCUUGAUGAAGAUGCAACAUUAUGCUAUAAUACAGUAUUAAGUUUCUAAAAAACAAUGGAGUGCACUACCUAUUUAUAUCCGAAACAAAAAUAUUGUAUAGAAGCUGUUGGUAGUAAAUCUUUCGGGCGUCUUUUGACUGCUGCUCUUAUUUUGAUAAGUGAUUACACUCUCUCUGAAACUAUUGCACACGACUGACGAUGUAUUUUGUAUACACAACCUUUGGUUAAAACUGUUUAUGUAUUUUUUAAUACAACACAGAAUUAAUUUCUAAGCUGUUGCACUUUAGCUAUACUGUAAUGGGUUAAAAGACUUGGUUGUAAUUGGUAAUUCUAGAAUAAGUUGUGUAUUGCAAUCAAUGAAUUAUGGUUUGGUUUCCCACUCUUGGAGAGAGAACCUUUUAAAGUAACCGAGAUGCGACGAGGCCGACGACUGACUGACCUCCAUGACGUGACCUCUAGCUAAUGCAGUGCUCUGUAUUAUCUCUCUACCAUUGGGGUAGAAUGGUCAAUGAUGGAAAGAGUCUGGAUAACAAUCAGAAUUUUGAUUUAAAUUGUUAUGGUCUGGUAUUGGCUAUAAGGAAUUACCUCGAUGUCAAAGAGGAGUACAAUCUGGCUCAUACGGCCCGUGUCUCCUAGAUAUUGGUACCCGAUGUUUUUAUAUCUUGGCGGUCUAGUUAUUGUGCUUUUGAAACUGUGUAGAGGUGGCACGCAUCCCAGUUCACUCCACUGGUUGACCAUCGAUGCCUUUUUGAUGUAUGUUCCAUGUUGCAUUUUCAUACAUUUGGCUCCUCUUUGUUUUCUAGUUCUAGUUUUCAUUAUUUGGAAGACCUGUGUCCUUGUCUAUCCCAGUAAAUAAGUUUUGUACACAGUGAACAUAUUCACUCUACACAAACGGUCUGAAGCACCACCAGCAUGUGUGUGUAAUUGUGGCCAAAUCUUUCUUUUCUUCAAAGGAAACUGCGUUCCACAUGUAGGUCAUAUAUGCAAGUGCAUAUAUCUGGGGACCAAAAUGACAUCCCAUGAAUGUCAUUUAUUCUUUUCUCGGAGCCUAAGGGUCCUCCAAUGUCCAACCACAAGUGGUAUCCCACUUUUAUAACUUAAUCCAUUCUGUGAUAUCCAGUGGGAAAAUAAUGCCUUAAAUAAUAUUGAUCUUUGUAUAACAAAUUUGUGUAUUUUAACCCUUAGACAGCAGCUAUGGUCAUACACAUGCACAAAAAAAAAAAGAUCAACAAAAAAUAUUUUCAUUAUAGAAUUAAUUUCUAUGCGAAAUCUAAGAAAAAACAGGACAAUUUGUGUAUAUUUAUUGUUUCACUGAGUGGAGGUGCUCUGCAAGCCUGCGUCUGGCACCUGUCAACGCUUGGCGCUCGAUUUUACCGACACUUCCAUAUUUGUUCUCUAAUGUUUCACCGAUUGUUCUAUCACUUUUUUUUUCUUAAUUUGCAUCCACUGAGAUCUUUUAUAUCCACAUUUGCAUCACACACAUGUAAACCAAUAAUUGUUUAAAUCAUCAUAUGAUGACUGCACUCCCCUAAUAAUUUCAUGACAAUAACCGCAUUUGUACCAUGAAAUGGUCGCAGGAUUACUUAACGGGUCGAAGUAAACUCCACUGCAUCCACAUAGACCUAUUAUAUCCAUAUUUGCAUCAUGCAUGUAAAACCCAGACAAUAAUUUUUGUAACCUUCAUAUGAUAACUGCAUUACCCUGUCAAUCAAAAAUUGCCGAUAACAGCUGUCUAAGGGUUAAUAACAUGUUAUUAACCUAUAGGGUUCCUGUAGUCAUUUUGUAAAAUAGGGAAAAAAUGUAAUAUAUUUACGAGUAACCAACCUUCAUGUAUGGAAAGAAAGGAAUGCAACAACAUUUUGGCCCAUCCUGGACCCUAAUAAAGUUGCAACUUGUGUUGACAAAACCACACACUAGAAAGUGAAGGGACGACGACGUUUCGGUCCGUCCUGGACUAUUCUCAAGUCGACACAAUCGACCUGAGAAUGGUCCAGGACGGACCGAAAUAUUGUCGUUCCUUCACUUUCUAGUGUGUGGUCUGGUCAACAUAUUUCAAGCACGUUACUUUUACUCCUUGUUUGCAACUUGUGUUGUUUUUUCAUGUGUGUUGAUUGGGUUAAUUGUUUACAACCACACUGUGACUUACUCUUGGCAAAUAGAAUGUUUACCCUCCAGGUGGCUACUAUUAGAUUUCUUCAUUUUUAAAACUGUGGCAAAAUGUUGCUUCCAGUUUGUUGAUUUUUUGUUUAUACUGUAAAUUUAAAGUCCAUGUUUUUUGCAUUGUAAUUUCCCUUGCUAGCAUUUGACAAUAUCCUCGUUACUUUGUGCGCACGGUUCACAUUUUCCUGCCUUUUUGUUAUAAACAUUAAAUAAUUUAGCGAGAAGAAUGCAAAAAUUUGCAUGGGAACCCUGAUCUUGAGACUGUUUUAUUGAGUUUAAAUUUAAAAUGUUCAGUAGUUGCUGUCAGAAAUGCAGACAUUUUUUUCUUAUGAAUUACCUGAGGGCCACCAUCUCACUAGUGGCCUUAACGAGGCCAGGAAGCCGGUGGGGGCUUGUCAUAGGUCCUCACAUAUGUCCUGAUGAUUAUUUAGCCAGCUGAAGUUUGUCCUAAUGUCCAUAGGUUACCUUACCUUGGUUACCUUGAGGUGCU